GCUUCCGGGGUAAACGGAAAACAUCAGAAAGAGAACAUCGAAGGAGAAAGACGCUAAUAAUUUUCCGUACCUUGGAGACAUAAUGCCUCGUCGGUGUGUUGUCGGAGGGUGUAACAACACUAACAGGGAGGGAUUCAAGUUGCACCACUGGCCCAAAGAUGCAAAAGUGGCAAGAAAUUGGACGAAAUUUGUUCAAAAUACGAGGGUGUGGGGAAAGCCGACAAAAUGGUCAGUGGUUUGUUCCGCACACUUUACCGACGAAAGCUAUGCUACGACAGAGAUGGCAAGAAUGUUUGGAUAUCCUCCGACACUCAAAGCAGAUGCAUUUCCAACGAUAAAGUCAAAGAAAUCUGCCGCCAGACCCCCAUUGAACGUGCCGAAGUGUGUGAGCUAUUCAGGGACAAAGGACCUCGAUAGCACGGCAAGCAAUGGCGGCAGUUUGUUCCCGCAGAUGAGCGAGCUAAACCCCCUGGAUGUCUUGGCUCACACCGCUUCUACCGAAGGUGAUCACGUGAAGAAUAUGGGCCCUAGCUUCCCUGGCCUGCUGACAUCAACUCCAAAACUGGACAGAUCAGCUUUCAGGAAAAGAGAACGGAUGAGGGUGUUACAGGACAUGUUUUCAAACUCUUAUCGACAUUCCACUGAAGAGGAUGAUUAUCAAACUUUUUCAAGAGCGGAUAUUGGAGUUCAGAUAUACCCUGAUGUGAAGUCUAAAGACGUCCAGCAGCCCCCUCACAUCAUAGAGGUAGAGGAGGAAGUGUGGAUGAGUCAGGAGGGAGAGUGUCCUGUAGGGCAGGAGGAGGCUGAUGUCAGCAAGUUUCCACUGACUGUUGUCUCUGUGAAGACUGAAGAGCAUGAAGACAAACCACCUGAGUCCUCACAGCUUCAUCACAGUCCAAACGUCCAGCAGGUGUCAGCAGAGAGUCAUGAAGAGAUUCCCUCCAAGCAGCAGGAGUGGAGCUCCAAUGUGGGACAGAAGGAGCUACAGGACCCCUCCCACAUUAAAGAGGAAGAGGAGGAACUGUGGAAGCAGCUUCAAAGGUUGGUGGAGGAUAAUGAUGAAGAUGAAGCUCAGUCCUUACAGCUUCAUCACAGUCAAAGUGAGGAGAACAGAGGGGUGGAGCUUGUAAGUCAACACAUCACAGAAGCUGAUGGAGAGCAUUGUGAAGAUAUAAAGUCAGAACCAGACAGCAUCUUUGCUCCUCUGUCAGACAUGGACCACAUGAUGUCACACUCUUCUGAUCACAGUGACCACAUCCAACAACCUUUGGAGAGUAAAAAUGACUCCAAAGGUGAUACGAGACAUCACACUAACAACAAACACUUUGACUGCUCUGAAUGUGGGAAAUCAUUUAGACACAAGAGUUAUAUUACAAUACACAUGAGGAUACAUACUGGAGAGAAACCUUUUACUUGCUCUGUUUGUAAGAAGAGUUUCUCCAGAAAGCUUGACAUGACCACACACAUGAGAACACACACUGGAGAGAAACCUUUUACUUGCUCUGUUUGUAAGAAGAGUUUCUCCACAAAGCUUGUCAUGUCCACACACAUGAGAACACAUACUGGAGAGAAACCUGUUACUUGCUCUAUUUGUAAGAAGAGUUUCUCCAGAAAGCAAUACAUGACCAAACACAUGAGAACACACACUGGAGAGAACCCGUUGAGUUGCACUGUGUGUGAUAAAAGGUUCAGGUAUAAGUAUCAGGUCAGUAAACACAAGUGUGUAACAGUCAUGGAAGCUGCAGGGAUUUAAAAACACUUAUAAACAGUGAUUGUGCUAAAUGUACUCUAAUACCACAGCAUGUUUAAAGGGGAACAUUAUUACCAGACCUAUGUAAGCGUCAAUAUAUACCUUGAUGUUGCAGAAGAAAGACCACAUGUUUUUUAACCGAUUUCCGAACUCUAAAAGGGCGAAUUUGGCGAUUUAAACACCUCUCAAUUGUUCGCUGUCGGAGCGAUGACCUUUCACCCGUGACAUCACAAUGGGAAGCAAUCCGCCAUUUCCUCAAACACAUUACACACACAAGUCAAAUCAGCUCUGUUAUUUUCCGUUUUUUCGACUGUUUUCCGUACCUUGGAGACAUCAUGAAUCGUCGGUAGGUUGUCUGAGGGUGUAACAACACGAUCAGGAACGGAUUCAAGUUGGAAUGUGCAUUGAUUAGAACGUCAUGCUAACAUGCUAUUUAGGCUAGCUGUAGGUACAUAUCGCAUCGCUAUGCCUCAUUUACACCUACAUUUGCAUCCAGCCUUUCCCUCCACCCACAUUUAAGGCCAAACAAACACAUACCAAUCGACAGAUUCAAGUUGCACCAUUGUCAAAAGAUGCGAAAGUCCCUUGUUUGUUCUGCACAUUUUACCGCCGAUGCUACGACAGACAUGGCACAGAGAUGUGUGGAUAUCCUGCGACACUCAAAGCAGAUGCAUUUCCAACGAUAAAGUCAACGAAAUCACAAUGGUGAGUUUUGUUGAUGUUAUUGACUUAUGUGCUAAUCAGACAUAUUUGUACACGGCAUGACUACCAGCUAAUCGAUGCUAACAUGCUAUUUAGGCUAGUUGUAUGUACAUUUGUAGCUAUAUUUGCAUCCAGCCUUUCCCUCCACCCACAUUUAAUGCAAAACAAACACUUACCAAUAGACAGAUUUAAGUUGCUCCAGUGGUCAAAAGAUGCAAUCUUUGGUUAGAAGGCGAUCGCCGAAUAGCUUCAAUAGCUAUUUGCUCAAUAGCUUCAGUUUCUUCUUGAAUUUCAUUUUUGCUAUUUGCUUCCACACUCCAACCAUCCGUUUCAAUACAUGUGAUAUCUGUUGAAUCGCUUAAAGGGGAACAUUAUCAUCAAACCUAUGUAAGCGUCAAUAUAUACCUUGAAAAAAAGACCAUAUAUUUUCUUAACUGAUUUUCGAACUCUAAAUGGGUGAACUUUGGCGAAUUAAACGCCUUUCUAUUAUUCUUUGUGAUGUCACAUAGGGAGUCAAGCCGCAAUUUUUUCAAACACAUUGCAAACACUGAGUCAUAUCAGCUCAGUUAUUUUCCGUUUUUUCGACUGUUUUCCGUACCUUGGAGACAUUCUGCCUUGUCGGUGUGUUGUCAGAGGGUGUAACAACACGAUCAGGGACGGAUUCAAGUUGAUUUGCGUGGAGUCUGCAUCGAUUAGCACGGCAUGCUAACCGAUGCUAAAAUGCUAUGUAGGCUAGCUGUAUGUACAUUUGUAGCUAUAUUUGCAUCCAGCCUUUCCCUCCACCCACAUUUAAUGCCAAACAAACACAUACCAAUCGACGGAUUUAAGUUGCUCCAGUGUCCAAAGAUGCGAAAGUCCCUCGUUUGGUCUGCACAUUUUACUGGCGAUGCUACAACAGACAUGGCUCAGAGAUGUAUGGAUAUCUUGCGACACUCAAAGCAGAUGCAUUUCCAACGAUAAAGUCAACGAAAUCACAGAGGUGAGUUUUGUUGAUGUUAUUGACUUAUGUGCUAAUCAGACAUAUUUGGUCGCGGCAUGACUGCCAGUUAAUCGAUGCUAACAUGCUAUUUAGGCUAGCUCUAUGUACAUUUGUAGCUAUAUUUGCAUCCAGCCUUUCCCUCCACCCACAUUUAAUGCCAAUCAAACACUUACCAAUCGACGGAUUUAAGUUGCUCCAGUGGUCAAAAGAUGCACUCUUUGGUUAGAAGGCAAUCGCCGAAUAGCUUCAAUAGCUAUUCACUCAAAAGCUUCAGUUUCUUCUUCAAUUUCGUUUUCGCUAUCUGCCUCCACACUCCAACCCUCCGUUUCAAUACAUGCGUAAUCUGUUGAAUCGCUUAAGCCGCCGAAAUCCGAAUCUGAAUCUGAGCUAAUGUCGCUAUAUCUUGCUGGUCUGUCCGCCAUGUUUGAUUGUAUUGGCAUCACUAUGUGACGUCACAGGAAAAUGGACGGUGGAUUUACAGAUAGCGAAAAUCAGGCACUUUAAAGCCUUUUUUUGGGAUAUUCCAUGAUUGGUAAAAUUUUGAAAAAAACUUCGAAAAAUAAAAUAAGCCACUGGGAACUGAUUGUUAUUGGUUUUAACUCUUCUGAAAUUGUGAUAAUGUCCCCCUUUAAUAUGAAUGUAUAUUUGAUGUUGUAUGUAGUGCUUCUCAUCUUCUACUGUUAUAUGUUGUCCUGGAGUUUUUAAGUUGUGUGCAUGUAUUGAAUAUCAUGUAUGUAGCUACUAAUUUAUUUGAUUUUCUCAUUGUUAAAGAGAGGACAUCUUUAUUUUCACUUGGGGUUUUUUUUCACACAUUUUCUUCCUAUGUAUUUUUAUUGAUGUUAUUAUCCAAUUAAAAGUAUGAAUGAAUAAAAUAUUUAACAAAA